CACGUUGCUGAAAUUGUGUUGGUGUGGAAAUCUGUGCAUGUGUCGUGAGGAAUUAUUGAGAAACAUAAAAUUAUUAUUUCCGUAUUACGUUUAAGCGUGACAAUUGUUUCUGCGGAGUAAUGAGGUAGUCCUUGGUGCAUAUGACGCUGAGAAAUUAUAAUUUGUGGGUAAAAUAAGUUUGUUCAUUGACUGUCGACGUGUAAAAUGGCGUGGUUUGGAGACGGUCUUUCUAGCCUAUCAAAUUUGAAGGGACAGAUUACUAAUUUCACGAAGGAAGUGCUCUCCGAGGGAAUUGUCGAAGAACUUGAUGAUCGAGAUAAGGAACUUGAAGAGACCAAUCGAAGAUGUGUUCAGCUGCAAGAGUUACUCAACUCGAGGGACGCCGAGAUUGCACUCCUCCGCCGACAGAAUAGCGAAUUGAAGAAAACGCUUGUUGAGUCCACCUCACAUGCACGAGAAUCGAAUGACAAUAGUCAGGACGAUGAGGGUGGAGGAUUUUUCUGGGAUCCACCGUCGAGUAAAAAUGGAGACACGAGGAACCAGAUGCGAGGACUCCAGGAGCAGAUCGCACAAGCCACCGUGAGGAUCAAAGAAUUGGAAGAAGAAGUGAAGCAAUAUCAAAAGAUGAAUUCCGUAGAGAAAAAAGAUGAAGGAUCAGGGAAUCACCAGAGAGGUGAAUUCGUACGUGUAAAGCAGGAUCUAGUGAAUCGAAUCAUCCAAAUUGGAGAGAAGGGAAAGGAGGCAGAGAGAACUAUGAAGAAGAUCCAGAUGGAUGAAGCAGUCUUCAUCAACGACUUUCGCGCCGCCAUAUCGAAGCUUGACUCUCACGAACAAGUGAAUUUAAUUCGGGGUGCCUUGAGUGCCCUUGAAAUGGAUAAUGGUGCCCGAGUGGAGGAAAAAUCUGACAUUGGGAAAAAAGUCCGUUCUGAGGAGCCGACGAAUGGUGUCAACAACCGUGAAUUAGAGCUUCGUAAAAAAAUUAAGAAGCUCCAAGAAGAUAAUAAGAACUUAUCUACCAGUAUCGAAGAGCUCGAUCAGCAGCAUGCCCAGUCGAUCGAGAAAGUCCUGGGUCUUAAGGAUGAACUCCAGCAGAAGCACCAGUGCCUCCAGGCAGCUUACGAGACGCUUUACGUAGACUACAACAAACUGCAGGACCAGAUGUCCCUCCUGGACCCCAAACAAGCCUCUCUGGAGGAGAAACAAGUACAAGCAGACCUUCCAGGCCGACAAGAGCAAUUAUCCCUCCUAGACUGUCAAAAGGCAUCCCUCGAGGAAAAGUUAGUACAAACAGAUUGUGCUGCCCCACAAGAGCUUUUCCAAACUGAGGAGAAGUCUAUCCAGACUGAGGAGAAUGUUGCAGUUCAUCAAGACCUCCCUCAGAUCACCGAGAAAGUCAAAGGAAUCUUGAAAAAUUCUACCCUCAAAAUUUCAGAGGGCGAAACUCUGUUCGAGGCCCUCGCGAACCAGUUCAUAGAAGUCCAGUGGAAGAGAGACAUGCUGGAACGAAGGAUUCCAGACUUGACUAGAGAAUUGAAUCAAGCAUGUGAGAUGCGUGAUGCCCUCCAGAUUGACUGCGACGAUCUCCAGACAACAAUAGAGGCUCUGGAGUCUGAAAUUCAACACAUGAAGUUAAACUUACCGUCCAUCCCUGAAGCCAGUGAGGAGCGAGUUGCCUCCCUGGAAACAGAAACCGAAUCAAUGAGUGAGGAAAUCAAACGUCUGCAGUCAGAGAAUGACCUUCUUCGUCAAAAGCAUACAGGCUUGAUAACAACAUUGACAACGUUGGAAGGAUCACUUCGAAACCAGGAGAAUUUGGAAGCAGAAGUGAGAAAUACGAAGCAACAGCUGGAGAUUGCUCAACAGCAGCUGGCAGGGGCUUCCAAGAACGUUGAGAACAAUGAGAAUAUGAUGGAGGACCUCAGUCGACGUCUUCACGCCUCCUUGGAGGAGAAUAAUGACUUGAGGAAGCGCAUAGAUGCUCUAGAAAUUAGAGAAAAGCAGAUGCAGGAGCAGGUAAAUAUUUACUCUGAGAAAUGCAAAGGAUUGGACGACAAUAUUGACUUGAUCGAGGAGUUGAAGUUGGACAUUGGGAAUGCCCGGAAGGAGCUGAAGAUUUCCUUUGACAACAGUAAGAGACUAGAGAACGAGUUGAUCUGCGUCACUGAGGGGAAAAAAGAGAUUGAGAGGGACAUCAUCGCUCUCUCUCGGGAGAAGGAGCACCUGGAGACUGAGUUGGCUCUCAUCCGGGAAAAUGGCGUUCAGGAGGAUAAUUCCGAGGUUUUGAAGGACCUCAGGAGUCAACUGGAGGCUGCUGUUCGUGAAAAAGAUGAUUUGGAAUAUGACUUACUUAACAUGAGGAAGGAGUUAGAUUUGGCUCUGAGUGAUGUAUCCCAAAUGGAGACUACAUGUGCUACGUUGACCGAGGAAAAUCAGAGGCUUAUUAAGGAAAAUAAUAAUGUUUUUGAAGAGUUGGGCAGAGUCAAUGAAGAGUCCGCCGAGAGAAUCGAACUUCUUCAAAGUGAAAUGAAUUUACUGCAGCAAGAACACACUUUUUUGCAGGAAGAGGCAGCCGCUGAGAAGUCAGAACUUAGCGAGAUGAGGUCACAGCUCCAAGAACUAGAAUUCAAGAAUGGCGAAAUGGAAAAUAUCAUCCAACAGUCCAAGAGUGAAUUUAAAGAGCUGAAAAAUUGCUGCGAUGAUUUCCGUGAACGAGCAGACAAAAUUCAAGAUCUGGAGAAUGAAAUAGUACGUCUUUCAUCGGUCGAAGCGGAAUUGAAAUUGUCACAGAAUAAAUAUGAAAAAUCGCACACAGAACUUGCAGUUGCCCAGCUUCAAAAUGAAGCAUUAAUAGAAAAGCACAACGAUUUAUCCCACCAACUGACCGAGGUAUCUGAGACUAUGACUAAAUACAAAAUCAAAUCAGAAGACCAGGAAAAAGAAUUAGCGCUCCUGCGAUCUGAACUUUCAAAAAUGACAUUAAAAAUCUCAGACGAGGACACAGACAUCACAUCUGCCUUGGAGCAGAAAUCAUCAGAGCUAGAGCUCUUGAAAAUCGAAAAGAAUCAACUAAUAUCAGACUUGGACUCUGUGAAAGCCGAGUGCGAGGUUCUAAAGAGCAAUUCUCAUGAUUCAGCGUCAAUGGCAAAGGAAACAAUUGAGAAUUUGUCCCAAAUAAUUCAGCAGAAGGAACAGGAGCUGAAGACAAAAAUUCUGGAGAAAGAAAGUGACUUCAACGUAUUAAAAUCCGAACGAGACGAACUAGUGAAACUUGUUCAAGCAAAACACAACGAGAGUCUCCAAUACCAUGCAGAGAUUCAGAGGUUGACUCAAUUGUUCAACGAACAAUUGUCGACUCUUCAAACUUUCACGUCAGAACGUGAUACUUUGAAUGCAGGACUGAAAGAGAAAGAGGCUGAGCUGUUGUGGGCCCAGAACGAGCUUCAGGUUGUACGCCAACGACUGAAGAACUUCGAGGAGUCCAACAACUAUGGAGAGACUUGUAACAUCCCUGAACACUCGAGUCAAAUAUCUCAGACUGUAAUUUUAAAAGAAAAAUGUAAUGCACUGGAAGCAGCUCUUGUCAAGGAGCAGUCGAGCAAUAGAAUCCUCCAGAAUCAGUUGAAUGAGAGUCAAGGCAGAGAGGGUAGUGCUGCUAGGGAGCUCGAGAGGCUUAGGACUCAUUUGAUGGAGAUCGAGGCAAACUACACGGAGGAAGCACUCCUCAUGGAGCAGAGCAAGAAGGAGCUGGAGGGAAAACUGAAAGAGGCUGAGGAGAAGGUGAAGAACAGCUCGACUGUGUACACCUCUGCUAGCAUCCGGGCUAAUCAGCAGGUGGAGACACUCCAGCAGCAAAUGACGUUGAUUGUGCAGCAGAGGGAUGAUAUACAGAGUAAACUGUCGGCAGCCGAGGAUAAAGUUGCUGCGCAUACUGCUUCGUUGACUAAUCUGCAGAUUGUACUUGAACAAUUCCAAAGAGAAAAAGAAAACGAUAUUCGCAAUGCAACUGAAAGAAUUCGCCAGCAGUUGAACGCAUCGCACAAGAAACAGGAGGAAUUGAAUGCAGAUAUAUCCUUAUUGAAGGGUCAAUUGGCAGAGGCUAAGGAGUGCCUUCAAGCGGCUUCCCGACUGAGCGAGCAACUGGACAGAAAAAGUGAGAAAAUACAAGAACUCAGUCAAGAAGUCACAAAAUUGACGGAGUUAGUUAACACUGCGGAUGAGAGGAUUCAGGAGGCGAAUAAGAGUGGAGAGGGCAAAGUAGACAAAUCGUUGAUAAAAAAUCUCUUCCUGGGGUUCCUGUCAUCCCCUGCGUCUGAUAAAUCCGCGGUUCUCCGAGUGUUCAGCACAAUUCUAGACUUCAACGAGCACGAACGUGAAAAAGCCGGCCUAAAUCAUCCAGCAUCACAUGGUGGAUGGUUCUCAGGGUUAUUAUCCACCUCUGGGCCACCAACAAAGGACCAAGAGGCCUCACUGUCUCAAGCAUUCAUCCGAUUCCUUGAGAGUGAAUCGAAGCCCACCUCAGUGCCAGCCUUACCAGUCUCCAACACGUCCAUUUCCAGGCCUGGACAUAGCCGGCAACACUCAACUUCCUCCUCUCACUCUGGGCUUUUGCUCACCAAUGUCAACCUUCCGUCAUUCCCGGAUUUUGUGCCGUCAAGAAAUACAGGGUCCAUCCUCAAAGAGGUCCUUAAGGACAGCUGAUAUUAACACAUUCAUUCUAAUUAUUCAUGUAAAUACAACUACAUUAAUUAUUAUUUUCUUUCUAUCGUCAAAUUAUACUUCAAUGGAUUUAUUCAGAUCAUGGGAACGAAGUUCCGGCCAUGUUUCAUUGAUGAGUAUUUGGUUGCUUUUGUUAACUCGCAUUAGAUUACAAUGGGGUUUUAAAUAUUGUAUUAAAAUUAUUUGAGUUGUACUCAGGAAUAAAUUAGGUCCAGCGAUAUUUUUUGCUUGUAAAAAGGAGAUUUGUAUAUGAGUUGAGAAUAAACGAGAAACUGAAACGUA